GUACAACAAUUGUAUUGUUCCAAUAAAAAAUCGUUUUAAGUAGAGAACCUCCUUCGCAAGCACCUUCAAUUCAAUUCUCUCAUCUUUCAGAAAAAAAGUGUUCUCUACUCUUUCAAAUCUCGUUUCCGAAUUUCUUCAACUUUCCAACAAUGGUGCUCGAGGCGACACUUAUCAUUAUGGAUAACUCUGAACAUAUGCGUAACGGUGAUUACUCUCCUUCUCGAUUUCAAGCUCAAUCUGACACUGUUAGUCUUAUUUGCGGUGCUAAAACUCAGUCUAAUCCUGAAAAUACUGUUGGAGUUAUGACUAUGGCUGGGAAGGGAGUUCGAGUUUUGUCUACCCCUACCAGUGAUUUGGGCAAAAUCUUGGGUUGUAUGCAUGGUCUAGAAAUAGGCGGUGAGAUAAACCUAGCUGCUGCCAUUCAGGUGGCACAGUUGGCUCUUAAGCAUCGGCAGAAUAAGAAGCAGCAGCAAAGGAUUGUCGUCUUUUGUGGAAGUCCUGUCAAGCAUGAGAAGAAAAUGUUGGAGAUGAUUGGGAGAAAGUUGAAAAAGAAUAGUGUUGCACUUGACAUUGUCAACUUUGGAGAAGAAGAUGAGGGGAAGACAGAGAAGCUGGAAGCACUCCUUACAGCUGUAAACAAUAAUGAUAGUAGCCACAUGGUUCAUGUUCCACCCGGUCCAAAUGCUCUGUCGGAUGUACUUAUAAGUACACCUAUUUUUACUGGUGAUGGAGAAGGUGGAAGCGGUUUUGCAGCUGCUGCAGCAGCAGCAUCUGCAGGUGGUGUAUCUGGAUAUGAUUUUGGUGUGGAUCCAAACUUGGACCCUGAAUUAGCUCUUGCUCUGAGAGUUUCAAUGGAAGAGGAGAGAGCCAGGCAGGAAGCAGCUGCGAAAAAGGCUGCAGAGGAUGCUUCCAAACAGGAGAAAGGUGGUGAGCAGCAAGCUACUUCCCAGGAUGCAACUAUGACUGAGCGAACCAGUACAGAAGCUGAGCCUAUGGACGAUGAGAAUGCUCUACUACAACAGGCCCUUGCAAUGUCAAUGGAUGAUCCUGCAGUUAACCAUGAUGGAAGAGAUGCAGAUAUGUCUGAAGCAGCUACAGAUGACCCUGAGUUGGCUCGAGCUCUCCAAUUGUCAGUAUCAGACACCACCACGGACGAAGUGACUAGAUUGUUGGCGGAUCAGUCUUUUGUAUCUCAUGUCCUUGCAACACUUCCUGGGGUUGACCCAAAUGACCCAUCUGUCAAAGAUUUGCUGGCUUCCAUGCAAAAUCAGUCCAACGCUCAUAAGAAGAAUGAAGAGGAGGGACCAAAUGAGGAGUAGUAAUCUUGAGUCAUUUUGCUUUUCUUAUUUCUGUUCCUUUGACAGACACAUUGGUAUUGGUAACAUGUUGGUUGGUGGUUCUAAUGUGGGCAUUACUUCACUUGCACUGCAGUUAUGGGUCUCCGUAGCUUAUUGGAACAGAUGUAUGUCUUUUGAAUAGGUUAAGAAGCCUGUUAUCAAUGAAGGCAUUAAGCGAGAACAUACGUAUACAUUGUUUUAUGGUGAAGAACAUUCCAUUGAUAUGUUUGUCGAUGCAUUACCAAAGUAUAUGAAUCCAUUUAUAUUUGUUUUUUAUUUAAAGUUUUUUAGUUUACAAACAGAGGGGCUGAUACGUGACCUUUUCUGUGGUGGUCUUUCUUGCUUAAGCUUAACAAAAGCAUAUUUACAAA